GAAAACCGCUCUUUCUUCUCAAGCAAUUUUUGAAAAAUGAAUCAGAAAAUGAUCUUUCGGAUUUCAAUAUCACAAUUCCUUAGUUCAAUCAUCAACAAGUUUAUUAUUCGACUGUGACUGUACCAAAAUAGUUGGUACGCAAAUAGAUGGUUGUAUUUACUGAAUAUUUUCUUAUAAGCGCAUAAUUUGAAUUGCGUAAUGUGGGAUUUAGGCUUCUCUGAUGAAAACGAAGCUAAUACAAGUUCUAGCGAACCUAGGACUAAAAGAAUUAAACGAUAUCCUUCAGUCUUUAAAAGGGAAUGGAUAUUGAAAUAUUCUUGGGUUACAAAGGGAAGAACAAAUCAUCAUUGCCGAUGUACCUCUUGCAAUUCGGAGUUUUCAGUUGCUCAUGGGGGCGAACAUGAUGUUAGAAAGCACAUGAACACAGAGAAACAUAAGCAAUCUUCUCAAAGUACCCCCGAAUCUAAAAUUACUUCCUUGCUUAGUGAUUUAUCUGAAACGAAAAUUAAACAAGUUGCUGUUGCAGAAGUUGGAUCAGAUGAAACUUAUGAAUUAGGAAAAGUUAUCAUUGAGGGGAAAACAAAAAUUGUGUAUGAAAUCAAGAACAAUCCCAAAGAAUGUAUCCUUAUGUCCAAGGAUCGAAUAACCGCUGGUGAUGGUGUCAAAGCUCAUAAUCUCGAAGGAAAAGCUGCAAUUUCUACAGAAACCUGCGCAAAGGUGUUCAAUCUUUUGAAUAAAGUUGGAAUUAAAACAGCUUUCAUAAAGCAAACGUCCAGUAAAGCUCUACUAUCAAAAAAAUGUGAAAUGAUACCUAUUGAAUGGGUUACACGCCGUUUAGCAACUGGAUCAUUCUUAAAGAGGCAGCCUGGUGUGCCAGAAGGUUAUCGUUUUUAUCCACCAAAGCACGAGACUUUUUUCAAGGAUGAUGCAAACCACGACCCCCAAUGGUCAGUCGAGCAAAUUAUAUCAGCUAAAUUCAAAUUCAAUGGCGUUCUUAUCGGUCCAACGGAAGUUGAUAUUAUGACUAGGACGUCCAUCCUGGUAUUUGAAGUUUUGGAAAAAUUCUGGGCAACGAAAGAUUGUGUGUUGGUUGAUAUGAAAAUUGAAUUUGGUGUUGAUCCAGAUGGACAAAUACUGGUAGCAGAUGUAAUUGAUUCAGAUAGUUGGAGAUUAUGGCCUUCAGGAGACAAAAGAUUGAUGGUAGACAAACAAGUUUACAGGAACCUCACCACUGUAACUAACUCUGAUUUGGAUACAGUAAGAAGAAACUUCGAAUGGGUUGCAAAAAAAAUCGAUUUUUCAGAGUACCUUAUUCCCAACCAUCUAGUUGUUAUUUUGAUGGGAAGUCCAUCAGAUAAAGAACAUUGUGAAAAAAUAGAGAAACACUGUCAGUCCUUUGGUCUACAAACGGCAAUGAGGGUAACUUCAGCGCACAAAGGAACAGAAGAAACACUGAGUAUUGUCAGAUAUUACGAAUCUCUAGGCUUGAAAAUAGUGUUUAUUGCUGUGGCAGGAAGAUCUAAUGGAUUAGGUCCUGUAGUUUCAGCAAAUUCCGCCUACCCAGUAAUAAAUUGUCCACCAGUUAAUUCCGGAAAUGUCGAUAAAGACAUUUGGUCUAGUUUGAACGUCCCUUCUGGUCUUGGUUGCGCAACAGUUGUAUAUCCAGAAACUGCUGCAAUUCAUGCUGCUCAAAUUCUUGGUUUGGAAAACUUCAUUAUUUGGGGAAAAAUAAGAACAAGGCAAUUGGAUAAUUACGUUUCCCUUACUAAAAGUGAUAAAGAAUUGGCAGGACAAAAAGCCUUGGUUUGAGAUAAAAUAUAUUUUUUUAUUACAGAUCUAUAUCAACUAUUUUUCAAUGGAAUAUUUUGUAUAUCGUUUUUUGUAAAUAAAGUCAUUGUUAUUUUCUCAGA